UCUGUGCAUACUGUUGUCUAGUUGCGAUAACGUAGCUCUGGACGACGGACGAUUUCCGACAGAUGGUCGUCGCCUGCCGGGUGGCAGUGUUGGCAAGAAUAACGUUAACAUUAAUGGCACAAAGAAACAUAGAAAAUUUGCAAUAAUACCAAUAAUCCAGCAGCCAUGAAGAUUUUGGAAGGGACUUUAUUGGUUACUGCAGUUGCCAUAGUAACAGCGUACUACUUUCAGUGGACGAAACCACAAGAAUUUGUCCGGAAUUUCAAUCAAUCAUAUGAUUAUAUAAUUGUUGGAGGGGGUGCGUCCGGUUUGGUGUUAGCCAAUCGUCUGUCUGAAGAUGGAGAUGUCACAGUUUUAGUGUUGGAGGCUGGAGACUCGGAGUCUGAUAAGCCAGUGUACGAUAUUCCGUACAACGCCCCUAAAGCUCAAAUGACCGAAGCUGAUUGGAUAUACCGAACUGUACCGCAGAAACAUGCGCACUGGGGUAUGAAAGACGGGGUUGGUAUUUGGCCACAAGGAAAGGGUUUGGGUGGGUCUACACUCCUCAAUGGACUCGUCUACAUUCGGGGCAGUCGUCAUGACUACGAUACGUGGGCAGCCAAUGGCUGUGAAGGAUGGAGCUAUGACGAAGUUUUACCGUACUUUCUCAAAACGGAGGACAUGCGAGAAACAGGAGGGUUUGACGAAGAGUAUCACGCUCGUGGAGGGCCAAUAGCUAUAUCAGAUGCUACCAAAUCUGAGUUGGCAGAAGUGUACUUUGAGGCAGCAAAGGAGAUUGGGUUCAAAGUUCACGACUGCAACGGAAAUGACGGUAUUCAAGAUGGCUUCUGUCGUGUUCAGGCCAUUAUUGGAGGAGGGCAGAGAUGUAACGCCGCUAGGGGGUUUCUUCAUCCGGUUCUUGAAAGGAAGAAUUUGCAUGUUGCAAUCCAGUCUCAUGUUACGAAAAUCUUGAUAAAAGAUAAACAAGCAGUUGGCGUGGAGUUCAUCCAUCAUGGCAGGAAGAAAUCCGUAGCAUCCAAUAAAGAGGUGGUUUUAACCGCCGGGACAAUUGGGUCUGCACAACUGCUGAUGCUUUCUGGAGUUGGGCCACAAGAGCACCUGACGGAAUUAGGGGUACCCGUUAUAGUAGAUCUUCCAGUAGGUUCAACACUGAGGGAUCACAUGAUGUUCUUCGUAAAGGCCGAUAUCGACAAACCGAUGAGUUACACGUCCGCCAAAGUGUUUACGCCGAUGAACUGGCUCAAGUACUACCUGUUUGGUACAGGUUUGUUGACCAAUAAUGCGGCUAUUGAAAGCCAGGCCUUUGUUCGUACGGAUCCUAAGAGCACGACAAAAUCUCCAGAUAUUCAGCUGACACUAUUCAGUACCUUAGAAGAGCAUGGUGAUUCUUACGAUCACUUUAAUUACAGAGAUGAGAUCAAUGAGGCACUGUUUAAGUCUAUACACGGUACGGAAGUGAUGCCAGAAGGAUAUUCUAUCGACGUCGUUCUGAUUCAACCUAAAAGUAAGGGCUCACUGCGCCUGCUCAGUCGCGACCCUUUCGACUAUCCACUACUGGAUCCAAACUACCUGUCUGAUCCGGAAGACAUUAAAACUUUUAUCAGAGGUAUUCGCUACGCUCAAAGGAUGAUGAAAACGGACGCCUUGAAGAAACUUGGGACGAAAUUUCGUGAGCUUGACAUACCCGAAUGUAGAGAAAAGACUCCUGACUCUGACGAACAUUGGGAGUGUCUGGUGCGACAUCUGGCGACGACAAUAUACCACCCAGCAUCUACAUGCAAAAUGGGAGCCGUCUCCGACCCCACGGCAGUAGUGGAUCCACAACUCAGGUGAUCGUCAUGCAAUGCGGGAGGGAGUAUCGGGCAGAGAAAAGGUUUAGAAUCGGUUGAUGAAUGUCAGGAUGUAAUGAAUCUAAAACGAACGGUAGUUACUAUUGAUUGGAAAUAAAUACAAACUGUUGAAAAAAAGAUAUAUUUCUAUACCCAGUGUU